AUGGAUAACGGUGGCAUCGCAUUCAACGGCUACACAGCCUUAACCGGCUGGGACACAUACUCGUCUCGAAACCAAGAUGAUCGCACCACAGCCCAUUUGAUUCGUCAGGGCAUGACGCCUCCGAAGCAACUCUCGCGUGCACUGUAUAUACCGCGCCACGACGGGGAGGUGUCGCAAAUCACCCUGUACGAUAUCAGUGCGCAGUACACCGCCGCCACUGGUGGGAUUCUCAUCGGAUCAAGCGAGUACGUGGUAGCUCUUGGGCUGAUGCAGGAACCGGGCAAUGAGGGUUUGAACAGCGCUUCUGUGGUGUAUGACGUGACGUUCAGGAAGCAAGGAGAAGAGGUUGUGGGUUCGGUGCGAUAUCAAGGAGUGGCGGGAGAGCAGCCGCCAGAGCAGUCGGUAGAGGUCGAGCUGGCUAUUGCAAGUGCUGACGACACAGCCGGGUUCCUGGCUAGUAAGGACUCGGCUUCUAUGGGGUCAGCCGGCACAGAGACGACUCGAGUGUCAAUGUCCUAUCCGGCUGUCCCGUCGGAGACACGUAAUGCGCCUCAUCAAGCACCCUUAGCUUACUUCCAGGUAAAGGUAGCUGCAGAGACCUCGACCUGGGAAUGGCAGACGCAUGCCCACCACCAUGGGCGACUGCGGUACACGCUUGUUCGCCUUCCGGUGCAGGAUCAGUCGGCUGACGCCUGCGGGGAAGAAGUCCUUGCGAUCUACAACCAUGUCGGAGUGGGUGCGUCCGUGUCGCUGCCGUACAGUGAAGGAGUUCUUCUACUUCCUCCCCGGGCAGAUCCUCGAAUGGAGGCCAUGGUGGUAGCCAGUCUGUUGACAAUGCUCUGGCGUUUACGCGACUUGAGCGGAGGAGCAGGGGGGAAGCGGGGGGCCGGGGUGGCAGACUCAAUGAAGAAGCGGGUUGAUUAUCUGAAAGGAUUGCUAGGGCGAAAGGUAUAG